AUGAAGUCGUUGUUGGGAGAUCAAGAAGUGUUUGAGAUUGUCCAAGAAGGUUAUGAACAGCUAGGAGCGAAUCCUACAGAAAGACAACAAACAACUUUUAAGGAUUGCAAGAAAAGAGAUUGCAAGGCAUUGUUUUACAUCCAGCAAAGUGUGGAUUCAAACAAUUUUGAAAUGAUCUCAAAGGUAUCUACAUCAAAAGAGGCAUGGGAUAUCUUGGUAAAGUAUUACACGGGUGGUGAAAAAACUAAGAAGAUUAAACAUCAAAUGCUAAGAAGAAAGUAUGAGUUACUACAAAUGGAGAAUAAUGAGAAUGUGACUGACUAUUUCAAUCGAGUGCAGACAAUCACUAAUCAGAUGAAAGCCAAUGGAGAAGUGAUGAUUGAGGUGGUGAUCAUUGAAAAGAUUAUGAGGACACUAACACAAAGAUACAAUCACAUAGUGGUGGCAAUUGAAGAAGCAAAGAAUCUUGAUACAAUGAAGUUGGAAGAUCUGCAAAGCUCUCUAAAAGCUCAUGAAUUAAGGGUAAAAGAAAGAGAUGAGGCACACACACAAACACAAACAUUGCAAGCACAAAUCAACAAGAAGUCCAAACAAAAUGGAGUAAAAAACAAGAAGUGGAAGAGCAGGUCAAGAUGGCACCAGAAACAGGAUCAAGAUGAGGAAGCUAGAGGUUCUAGAAGUCAGCAAAACAGUGAUAAUAAAAGCAAGAAACCAUAUGGCAAGAAGAAGUUUGAAAAAAUGAGGAUCCAAUGUUAUAGUUGUCAAAAGUAUGAGCAUUUUGCAGAUGAAUGCAGAUCCAAGAAAGUACAAAGGGGUGAUGGUGAAGCUCAACUGGCCCAGGCAAAAAGUUCUGACUUAGAUGAAGUGUUACUGAUGGCUUCUACAAGCAUGGAGGAUGACUAUCCAGGAUUGUGGUAUCUUGAUACAAUGUGCUCAAAUCACAUGAUUGGCCAUAAAGAUUGGUAUGUAAGUAUUGAUGAGAAGGUGGAAGGGGAAAUCAAAUUUGCAGACAACAUCACAAUAACAACUGAAGGAGUUGACAAGAUCUUGAUUCAAAUAAUGGAUGGCAAACAAUCUUUCAUAUGUGAUGUGUUAUAUGUGCCAAAUAUGAAGAACAAUCUGUUAAGCCUUGGACAAUUGCUGGAGAAAGGAUACUCUAUGAAUAUGGAGAAUGGACAAAUGAAAGUGUUUGAUAAUGCAAAGAGGCUUAUCUUGAAGGCACCACUGUCCAAGAACAGAACCUUCAAGAUUAAGAUCCAUAUCAAUGAAAAUCAGUGUCUUGCUGCAGAAAUCAGGAGGGAAGACUGGUUGUGGCACUAG